AUGGAGUCAAAUUCUGAGCCGGAUACGCCAGUCGAGGCUAUGAAGAUACUUCCGAACAAGACUAAUGACAACUGGCUCAAAGAUCGAGGGUUACUGAAGUUGAAUCUGGGCAUUAUGUUUAUGUUCGCUUCGUCGGCUGGAACAGGAUAUAACGGGAGUUUGAUCAAUGGCUUGCUUGUACUGCCUCAAUUUCGUAUGAUUACCGGUGGUCUCCAGCCCAGCAUACUCGGUCUUCUCAUCGCCGCAACGUCGCUAGGAGCAUUUAUGUCAUUUUUCCCGGCAUCGUAUUUCGCAGAUAUAUUUGGACGAAAGAAAUGUGUUGCUAUUGGAUCUACACUGGUAAUCAUUGGCUCGGUUAUUCAAGUCGCGGUGAAAAGUCACUGGGCAUUCUUUGGCUGUCGAGUGUUGGCUGGUUUUGGAACUGGUACUGCUCAAGCCGCGGCUCCAUUGUUAGCGACUGAGAUCGCUCAUCCACGACAGCGACAAACUGCAACAGCACUAUAUAAUGCGACUUGGUGCGUGGGAUCUAUUGCCUCAGCUGGGGUAACCUUGGCUACAUUGUCUGUGCAUAAUGUGUGGUCAUGGAAAAUCCCGUGCAUUCUACAAGCCUGCUUUCCUCUGAUGCAGCUUAUUGGGCUUUUGAUCGUUCCAGAAAGCCCUCGAUGGCUCGUUUCGAAAAACAGAACAGACGAGGCUUAUGCAGUUUUGGAAAAGUACCAUGCUAAUGGUAACUCCGAUGACGUGUUGGUCCAACAUGAGUUCCAGCAGAUUUGCAUUACUAUCAAUGCGCAGAAUCAACAGCCUGGACAUUGGAGCACCUUCUUUUCGUCCAGAGGAAACUUUCAUCGCUUUUCGAUCUGUGUCAUUUGUGGAUUUAUGCAAGAGUGGGCUGGUAAUGGUAUUAUCAACUACUUUCUCCCUCCUAUUCUCAAAUCCGUUGGAAUUACCCACCCAACUUCCCAAGGUGCCGUUAAUGUCGGUCUUCAAGUUUGGAAUCUUAUUCUGUCUUCUGCAGGCGCAGUCGCAUCUGAGCGUUACGGUCGACGAAUUCUUUGGCUGUUGUCGACAGCUACUAUGCUUUUCUUCUUGUCAAUCACAACCAUCGCAGCUGGUAUCUUCCAAGAGAAGCAUGUAACUGCUGCGGGACUAGCUGUGGUACCAAUGCUAUUUCUCUUCUUUGCAGGAUUCGAUCUCGCAUAUUCACCGCUAUUUAUUGCGUAUCCUGCAGAGAUUCUUCCUUUCCAGUUGCGAGCAAAGGGUUUGGCGGUUACGUUGACUACAGAUGCUAUCGCGUGCUUUUUCAAUCAGUACGUCAACCCGGUAGCAUUCUCGUUUAUGCGUUGGAAAUAUUAUUUUGUUUACGUGGGCUGUUUGAUAUUGUUUUUUAUACUGGCUUAUUUCCUUUUCCCGGAGACAAAGGGAAGGUCUCUUGAAGAAGUGUCGAAGAUUUUUGAUUACAAGAAACGCCGGACUGGAGAUGAUAUCAAAGAACAUGAUGAUGAGGGGAAGGAAAUUAAUUGA